CAUGUUUUUUGGAGGCUUUUUUGUUCAUAGAAAGGAAGAUAAUACUUGCCUUUUGAGUUUAAAAUUAGAGAAAUUAGGAAUAAUUGACUAUUUUUACUUUGUAUGAUUAAACUGUUUGCUUGUUUACAUAAUAAAUGGUAUAAUAUGUUUAAUUUAGUAUAAAAAAUAGAAUAUAAACAACAAUGGCUACUGAUCAAUUUUUAGCAAGCAUAUUUCCAUCAAAAGAAAGUGAUAUCCCAUUGGCUUCAUCCAGGACUGAAUUAAAUUUUGGAAAUUUACAAGAGCAUAUCAAAACGCUUUUAUCAAAAAGUGAAGUGGCAAGGAAGCCAGUUCCAGAACCAGAGCAACGAGCAUCUGAAGAUGGUAGAAUUGGUGGUGAAAUUGUUAUUGUUGAUAUUUCAAGUCAAUGUGGUACUAUGAAUAUUGGCCUUGAACGAAUGGAGUUGGAGAGUCAAAGUAAUUUUAGCAGCAUUCGAGCUAACACCUGUGUUUGCAAAGGAAAAUGGAUGUAUGAAGUUUUGUUAGGAUCAAAAGGAAUCAUGCAGCUUGGCUGGGCAACAAUACGUUGCAGGUUCACUAACGAGGAAGGUGUUGGUGACACAGCUGAUUCUUAUGCAUAUGACGGACACCGUGUUCGAAAGUGGAACAUGGCUACUGGAAAAUAUGGUGAGGAAUGGAUGGCGGGAGAUAUAAUUGGAUGUUUAAUUGACAUGGAUGCAGGAACGAUUUCAUACUGCAGAAACGGUCGUAUGAUGGGUGCUGCUUUCGAAGAUAUUAAAAGAGGUAGCGGAUAUGCUUAUUUUCCAGCUGUUAGUCUUUCAUAUGGUGAAGUGAUUCAAAUGAAUUUCGGUGCCACUCCUUUUCGUUAUCAAUAUGAAGACUAUAAACCACUACAAGAUAUACCGAAUGUUGAAAUUUUAAAAACACAGGAGCUAAUAGCAGCUUUCAAUCGACUCUUACCACCCCCAUCUCGCAGACCGAAUGUUCCAGAACCAUUGACUGCAAAACAGGAAUCAUUGACCAUCCUUACAGCUUCACACAUUUUUGAACAGCUUGGACCUAUGAUGAUGGAGCAAACAUGCCCGUAUAUCGUGGAAACAUUUAUACUUCCAAUGUUGUUGGAAUCAUGUAACUUAGAAGCACCAUUUGAUGUACAAGCAGGUGUCAAACAACUUCUUGAACUUAUGUGGGUUUGCUUAGAGGACUUUGAAAUUCAGCCUUGUAUGGAAAGUUUGAUAUGGGCUUUAGUAAAAGGAUAUUGGUAUGGACCUGUAGAACCGGAUUAUGUUAAGCAGUUAAAGCAUCUCAUUGUAGCAUUGAGUUUGUUACGUCACGAUCAAUCAUGCAAAUUGUGGAUGAGCAGCGGAUUGUUCAACAAGUUUCCAUUUAUGCUUCACAUUCGACCACCAGAUGAUAAAGGAAUAAAAGAAGCCUUCCCAGUGGUAUGGUGGGAUGGUAUACAGUCAACGCCUAAAAAAACCACACCCUCAAAUGAGGAACCAAUGGAAGCUUCAUCAGAGUCACUUGUUGAUGCCAACACAUCUGAAAUGUCUAUUGAAGAAAAACAAGAAGGAUAUUUAAACUCGUGUAUGUUAAUAAAGGGGAGAAUAACAGUUCUUGAAAACAUUCAAGUGGAAAUGUGUAAGAUUUUGAUGCAGAUGGAUGAUUCUAGUUCAAAACGAGACCCUCGUCCAUGUCGGAUAAUUCUUGCUGAAAAAAUCCGAAAAAUACUAAAGGAAUUGCACAUGGCAUCAAGCUCUCUGCAACCAGUGCAAGCAUGUUCGGGUCCUGUCAUGACAUGUUUCCUUCACAGACUCAUCAAAGCGUUCAAAUAUCACUGGGACUUAUGGGCGAAGGAAACAGCUGGAGCAGUCAGUGUUGACGAUGUCUACAUUCCUCAUAAUAUAUUUUACGAAGAAUCUCUAAAUUAUUUUGACCUAGCGAGGGUUGGUGGUAUCAUAUCACACUUAAAGAAAACACACAGAGAGGAUUUGAAAGCUGCACGAUCGUCACCAGUAUCACGAUUGGCAUCAUUAUCGCACCAUCUUGACACAAGUACGCCAUCUUCGUCUUCUACACCUUCGUCUCCUACCAACACAGCCCUGGAUAAAACAUUAAUCGAAUUGUUAGAUAGUAUUGCUUUAAUGUAUAAUACGUCUGUACACAGACAGCUAAGCAAGGUACAUGGCGUAACAGAGACUAUGCGAGAACAUUCGAAGGCGUUAAACGACACACUAAAGAAAAUACAACGAUGUCCGCCAGAUAGGACAGAUGUUUUAAACGAAUUAGAAAGAGCGAAACGCGUAUUUACGAAGGAAGCGACAGAAGUGGCUCGUCAUAUGGGUUGGGUCAACUCCGUCAUCUUCUCUAAAGAGAAACAAGAAGAUCUACACUGGUUGCUUCGUGUUGUCUUAAGAACAAUUGAAAAAUCACAGAUAGCUAGAAAACUAUAUGUUUUCAUGCCUGAAUUUUAUAUGGAGAAUGGCAUUUAUUUAUUUCAAGCAUUAUGGAACUACUUUUUACCGCUUACAUCAAAUGGUAACGUUGAAGGUUUCGAAGAUACACUUUCAAAAAUGGCGUCAUUCCUUGCAUCAUCGCUGUAUGAUGAUAGAAUCGUCAAUCCUGAUGUGUGUGACACUAUCAUACAGGGCGUGGCUACUUUUGUAUGUUAUCCUCAAACCUUGACUGCAAUUGAGAACAUCACAGAUGAGAAGAAAGAGAAGUUAAUGAGAUGUCUAAUGUCGGCUUAUGAUAAACGCACAUGGGUACAUACCACCUGGAUUUUAGUGAGAUUUUGGAGAGGCGAUGGUUUCGGUUUUAGACAUGCCACUUCACCAGAUCUUAUCCCGUUUGGAAUAUCAGACCAGGCUGGUACAAUCAGGGCAUUCACACAAAAGCCUUGCCCAUCCAAUAUUUAUCAACAAUUGAUGCGUACGUUAUGUUUGGAUGAUCAAGUAUUAUCAAAUGACUUCCUUAAUGGCGUUUUAAAUCAACUAAACUGGGCGUUUUCCGAAUUUGUGGGGAUACUGCAAGAGAUCCAACAAGCGACGGCUCGUUUUGAUGGCCAACUUCCAGAAACACGUCAGCUUCGAACGUGUGGUAUUUGUUUUGAUCUUACUGUAGGUCUGUUAAGGGUACUUGAAAUGGUAUCCAGCAUUGUUCCUGAAGUGUUCACUGAUUGGUCAAGAUCGUCAGCUGAAUUAACCCUCACCAGGCUGUUCCAAGCCGUCAUCCAAAUAUUAAAUCGAGUUACGGCGAGUUAUAAAUUAUUUGAAACACUGUCACGACUUCAUGCUACAGAUAUUGAACGUCAAGACAGAUACGCUGUUCUUGCUGCGGUGGCAGGUGUUUUGGUGACUCUACUACAGAGGGCUAACACUGAGAGACGACAAUUUGCUGUUUCCAAGCUACUGGAGGAGCCCAGCUUUCAACUCGAAUCAGUUGCAUUCCUGGCUGGCAAUCCUGUUGAAAUAGGCGCAACCAACUCGACCACGCCCAUGUUUUCAUUUAAAAAAUUCAAAGAAGUUUCUCAAGAAGAAUGUAAUGAGAUAGAGAAGUUAUUACAGUUUUUAUCUGAAGAACAUACUGCUAUCAAGAUGAAAAAACAGGAAUCAAUCGACGCGGAAGUUUUGUGUACUAUUUGUUAUGCGUUACCACAAUCUGUUUCGUUCGUUCCAUGCGGUCACUCCUCCUGCAGAUCGUGUAUUACACGUCAUCUGAUGAACAGCAAAGAUUGUUUCUUUUGUAAAGAAGUCGUAGUGAAGAUAAAAGAUCAUGAAGAAAAAUAAAAUGACGGCAUAUGUGACGUCAUUACUUUUGACGUUGAAUACUAACAGUCAAAAAUGUAUAUGCCGUUAAAAUUAACUGUUACAUUUUUUCAAGGAAUGUUCUAUUUUUCUUUUUCCAGCAAUACUUGGAACAUUUUUGUUUAAGUACGAAAUGCAGACGUAUUAAAUGAGCUGUGUGUAACUGUUAUUUAAAAUAAAUUGGAAUUUGUACAAA